GUUUUUGGAGACUUAGGAUUUUAUAGAGUAAACGACUCUCAAUUCGUUAUAAAUACUAAUGAGAAUGGCUGAUCUUUUUCAUAUCUCUGCAUUUACCUUGAUAUUAUUAUCUCACAAAUUAAAAAAGAAUAUGGGCUCUAAAACCUUGGUUUACGUUGGUCUUUUACUUGCUGUUGUUCUUCUCAUAUGCUCAGAGGUAGCAGCCAAGGAGCAAGCAGUGAAUACUGUAGAAAACAAAAAUGAUAUUCGUAAUGGUGCAGACGAUGCAAAAUACGGUAAUUACAAUGGAGGCAACGGAGGCGGCGGCGGGGGCUAUAACGGUGGUGGUGGUGGCGGGGGCUAUAACGGUGGUGGUGGCGGGGGCUAUAACGGUGGUGGUGGUGGCGGGGGCUAUAACGGUGGUGGUGGCGGGGGCUAUAACGGUGGUGGUGGGGGCUAUCAAGGUGGUGGUGGUGGGGGCUAUCAAGGUGGUGGUGGUGGGGGUGGUGGUGGUGGUGGUGGUGGGGGCUAUCAGGGUGGAGGUAGGUGGGGCAGUGGUAAUCAUUGCUACCACAGUUGCUGCAGGUGGAGCUACGGACAUAAACAGUGUCAAAAGUGUUGUUCUUACGCUGGGGAAACUGUAAUAACAGAAGCCAAACCUCACAACUAAUUGUACAACAUAUCCACAUAUCUGCGUCGGAAGCUUUGGCUUUUGUAGCUAUAUAAAAGUUUUUAUAGAAUAAAUAAAAAUCCUGAAUAAUAAUGUAUUGUUUUAAUUUAUUAUGUAUCAGUUUGUAUGAUUAAGGCUUUUAAUUAAUAUUAUCAGUUCCGUUCAGGAGCAAAAGGAAAUUAAAAAUUA